GGAGACUGGAGAGAAUCUAGAAAUGCUGCUGCCCCUCCUAUUUCUUAACCUUUACAGUUCCUUCCUUCCUAAAAUAUUCCAGAAAUAAAUAACAAAAAAGAUUUUCAAACUACAAGAGAAGUGAAGAAAAAAAGAGAUUCAAUUAAAACCAAAAAAAAAACAGAAGAAGAAUAAAAGGAGACUAGAUGUUGACAAAUAUCAUGUCACUGUUGUUCAUACAAGUUUGUUUGUCAUUGUGUUGUAGAUUUUCUUAUCUGGGAUCUCUCUCUCUCUCUCUUUCUCUAAGCUGGCCCAGUAGAUCAACAAACAAAUCUCUCUAUUAAUAAUAACUUUUCAGAAUUCUCUUUUCUUUUCUUCUUAUACUAAGAUAGAGAUGAUAUGAUGAUGAAGACGAAGAUCUAAUUUCAUUUUUAAGGUUCUUUUUUCUUCUUCAAAUGGUGUUACUCAAAUUCCCCCACCUUGUUUUUUUCGCUCUGUUUCAUUAAAGACUUUGAAUUUCAGUGGUUGAAGAGAUUCUUAUUAUGUAGAUAGUUGAUUGAUUGAAUUCAGAAGAAGAUGUGGGUUUGAGGGAAUGGGAACAAAAGUCCAGUGUAAAAGCUUCACUCCGGCAUUUCACUCUAUGUGGGAUCUUAAUGAGGAUGCAAACAGUGGAAGUUGGCCUGUGUAUUACGAUGAUAAAGUCUUGAAGAAAGAGCAGUACUACAACUGUUACAUGGCAGGGUCUAAUAUGGAUAAUGGAUAUUCAGAUUACGAGAAACAAGUACUGAAGCAAACAAUACUUGAGCAUGAAAAUGUAUUCAGGAAACAGGUUUAUGAACUACACCGGCUUUAUAGAACACAAAGGGAAUUAAUGAAUGAGUUUAAAAGGAAUGAAUUACACAAGUAUGUGAGACCAGUGGAGGUAUCACAGUCAAGUAAUCAAUUUUCAACUCAAACAGCUUUAGAAGGUGCUAAAAAUACCUGGCAAGUACCAAGCUUCCCCUUCAUGAGCCCUACUUGCAGUAGACCCUCCAUAUCAGGUGUUGAGAGCACGCAAUCUCCAAUGUGCUUUAUAAAAGAUAGUAAUUUGUCUGUCACCCCAAAGGCAGUACAGGAUGGGAGUUUUACUGAGGAACGCGAGUUAUUGAAUUCCAAGUCUAAACAGGUGGGGAGAAAAAUGUUUGACCUGCAACUUCCAGCAUAUGAGUAUAUCGACAGUGAUGGAGAAGAUGGGGAAGCAAAGGUUUCUCAAUCAUCUGCUAUAGACAAUAAGAUGUCUCUUGGUGGUGGAGUGAAUUGCCAAGGAGAUGCUUCAAGGUCUGAAUCCCAUGUAUCAAACAGAACUGGAUUGGCUGAUUUGAACCAACCCAUACAAAGUGAGGAAACAGUGUGCCCAUCUGCAGUUAGUUUUCUAGGAACUACUGCUACUCUCUAUGGGAGGAAUCAAGGAGAGGAGUCGCCUGCAAAACCAAAUUACUCUGGAGUCCCUCGGGAUUAUUUUUUUAAUGCUCGGAAAGACAAGAGUAGCGGGUCUCACCAAAAUAAUACACAUUUGGAGAAUGAGGGAAAAAGAGAAAAACCAUAUCAGCUUGAAGCAGGACUAAAUAGAGGAAACUUCGAUUCGUUUCAUUUACAGAAUUUGCAUGCACAGUCCACUUCACCAAAUGUUGAUCCUAAUAGGGCUCAUGAAUAUCCAGCAUUUUCUGUAUCUGACACUUGCAUGAGACAGCCAUGGAGAGAAAGAGCAGUUUGUGGCUUAGAAAUCCCUGAAAGUAGUCAGAGUCACUACAAAUAUAACUAUUUGGGAUCAGUUGUUGAACCACGAAUACCCACUUCAUAUACAUGUGCUUCUCAGUCUGAAAACAACUCUGAAUCUUCUUCAGUCUCUUCUUGGAUAAAACCCAUAGAUAAUGUUCAUGAGAAGUCAGUAGAGGUCAGAACUCUCCCAUGCUUAAACUCCUAUUCUCCAUAUAGUAACAGUUCCAAAUUGUCAGUCCAAAAUCCGGUGGUUAAUGGAAGUGGAUGGCAUUUUAGUAACAACCCGAGGCCAAUAUCUGGAAGUGGAAAGGAAAGCUACUCCAGGAAUGGUUUUUACCACGGUUCGCAGGCAGAGUACAGUGCAUCUAAGGUUCCCUUCCCUUCCACUCGUUUUGAUUUCAUUAAUGGUAGUAUUAACAAUAAUUCAGCUUCAGAACACUCUGAAAAUCGCAUCCCCACAAAGUAUUUUAGGGGUUCAGAGUGCUUGGAUGUAAAGUCUAUGAAUGGUGUGAAUUUGAAUCUGGCUGCUCUGAAUGGGUUUCAAGAUGGAGCAGUUCGCCGACAUGAUCUUGUGAUUAUUGAUGGGGAGCGUGAGAAUGAAGACCGAGCGCUUGGGUUACCAUGGCUGAGAGCAAAAUUUGCAGGUGAAAAUGGACAUCCAAAUAGAACAGGAAUGAAUUCGUCUCAGGUUACCACUAAAAUAGUUGAAAAGGGUAGUGGUCCUAUGUCGAGCAUGUUUCAAAAUUUUAAUUCUUCAUCUGCUAGUAACACUUCAAGUGUAAGGGUGGGUGACUGCCCAGAUAGUAGAAGGAUUGGUGGUUUUCCCAUGUUCGACAAGUCUCAUAUUUCCAAGGACCAGAAAUUUGUUAUACCCCCGUCCAAGUAUCAGUGUUCCCCAAAAGGGAAGGAGAUUCAGAAUAAUGGGAAAGUUAUUUUCAACGUCGACUUGUCCCAAGUGCAUGUGAAACCGGAAUCUAGCUCAAGGCUGUCAUUACAUAAUCUGACAGGAUUAGACUUAAACUGUUCUGGUUUUGGAAAUGAUUUUAAUCUGAACUUAUGUAUAGGCGAGGAAGAGAAUACAUCUGUGCCUCAGUUUCCAAAACCAACAGUUAAAAUUGCAGUUGAGAUAGAUUUGGAGGCGCCAGUAGUGCUCGACACUUUGGAGGGAUGCACUCUGGAGGGUGAGUGUUCACUGAAUCAACCGGAGAAAAAUGUUGAAUCAUCGGCAACCAAUAAAGACCCACUAAAGGCACUUGAAAGAAUUGCAUCAGAGGCUAUAGUCUUAAUUUCUUCAUCGACGAAUUUUUUAGAGAAUUCUGCACUGAAGUCAUCUGAAGAGUCUCUCAAGGACUGUCUGGGUUGGUUUGCAGAUGUAGUAUCUGGCAUGGCUGAUCUUGAGAUUGAAUCGAGGCAUAAUGAGGAAUCCUCCUGUGAGAGUGAUUACUUUGAGACAAUGACAUUAAAACUGACCGAGACAAAAUUAGAAGAGUUACCCUGUCAGAUUUGGGUACCCGAAAAUCAAAAAGAAGCGGAAACAGUUAAUUGUCCAAUGCUAACCCGGCGUCGAAGAGGACAGUCAAGGAGAGGACGACAGAAAAAGGAUUUUCAGAGAGAUAUCCUUCCAGGUCUUGUUUCUUUGUCUCGUCAUGAAGUGACUGAAGAUCUUCAAACAUUCGAAGGCUUGAUGAAAACAAUGGGCCACUCUUGGCAGAGUAGUUUAACUAGAAGGAACACAGGUAGAAAUGGAUGGGCACGGGGUAGGAAACGGACACAGGGUUCAGCUCCUCCUCCAACGGUUAUAUGCUCUCCGCCAAAAGAGCAACCAAGCAAGGUAGAACCCGGGUUUGAGGAGAAAUGCUUAAAAGGAUGGGGGAAAACGACUAGACGACCGCGAAGGCAGAGACUUCCAGCUGGUACACCUCUUCCCGUGUAACUCUUAUAUCACAUUUAAUAGGAAGAGCAAAUAACCCUGCACAACAUAUAGUUUCGGAGAUAUUGGUUGGAGGGAAAUGAACCAAGUUUCAUUUGCAAAGCUCCUCUGGAGGUUGACAGAGUAGAUAUAGAGUAGGUAUGGGAGUGAUGACCUCCUCUCCUUUGUACAUUAUCUGCCCUAACAUUUGGGUGUUCCGUUUAUCCUGAUUGAGUUCUGAAUUUAGUUAACAGUCUGUAUAAAUGUUGUUUCAUUAUUUCCUCUUAUGAUAAAUUGCAAGAUGUCUUCUCUCCUUCAAAAA